UUUAAGCCCGAAGAACGCGCGUCCUCAAUGAAUUAAUCAUGGCGAACGGGCUGUAAAAGUUUGCUUAUUAACUUCUGUCUUCUCGUCGACGCCCGUGAUAUCACAGAGUUAGAGAACUGGGUCUUCUCAUCAACGUCCGUGAUAUCACAGAGUUAGAGAACUUUGGGUUCUUAUCAACGCCCGUGAUAUCACAGAGAACGUUGUCUUCUUAUUGACGCCGUGAUAUCACAGAGAACGUUGUCUUUUUAUCGAAGCCCGUGAUAUCACAGAGAACGUUGUCUUUUUAUCGACGCCCGUGAUAUCACAGAGAACGUUGUCUUCUUAUCGACGCCCGUAAUAUCACAGAGAACGUUGUCUUUUUAUCGACGCCCGUGAUAUCACAGAGAAUGUUGUCUUCUUAUCGACGCCCGUGAUAUCACAGAGAACGUUGUCUUCUCAUCGAUCCCCGUGAUAUCACAUGGUUAGAGAACUUUGAGUUUUUAUCAACGCCCCCUGAUAUCACAGUUAGAGAACUUUGGAUUCUUAUCAAAGCCCGUGAUAUUAUAGAGUUAGAGAACUUUGUCUUCUCAUCGACGCCCGUGAUAUCAUAGGGUUAGAGAACAUUGGAUUCUUAUCAAAGCCCGUGAUAUUGCCGAGCUUGAGGCGAGCAUGGAAGGUCGGAAAAGAGUGUUGAUUACCCAAGCGGAGAGCGAGGGUUCUGUGUCCGGCUCCAGUCCCACCCAGGACACGGCCUUUUCGGACGUGCAGGAAGGGACACGGGAACGUAGCACCAGGGCGGGCUCGGGCACCCACCACAGCCAGUUCUCUCACGACAGCGUGUACUCCGAGGGCCGAUACCUGGAGCCGUCAGAGAGAGGCUACGACACGGGCGACGACACGGGAGACGACACCAUCAGUAUCGUCGACAGUCGCCGCAGGAAUGAGUCUCUCUACGACGACGUGUUGGAGGAGGAGGAGGAGGAGGAGGAGGAGGAAGAUGAAAACAACGACGACAACAACUCCAUGGAAGGCUGGGACGUGUCUCAGAGCGACAGUUCUGAUGACGAGGAUGAAUCUGUUCACGAAUUGCGAGAUUCUGAUUACGACACGGAUCUGGACAUGAAUGAUGACAAGUACCUGCACCCUGAGAAGUACGACCAUGACACCACCGGCAUGGCCAAGUACCUCAAGGCCUGCAAGGAGCUCGGCCUACAGCCAAUCAGAUACUUCAUGAAACACAUGCAAGACGAACACCUUAAGCUGAGAUACCAUGGCCUAGGACCAAGCGCUAUGAAAGCGCUAGCAGCUCCUCUUGAGUGUAACACAGCAAUUGAACACAUGGAUCUUGAAGGAAACUGGAUCAUGGCUGAAGGAACAGUUCAUCUGUGCCGAGUCUUGAGAGAAAAUGUUUUCCUUACUGAGCUGAACUUGUCUGAAAACAAGAUUGAGGACGAAGGAGCAACAACGGUGUGCAAACUAUUGAUAGAGAACAGAACCAUAGAGAGGCUUGAGCUGGCUGGUAACAAUAUCAGUGACCACACUGGAGAGAUCCUGCAUGAGCUACUCACGGUAAACACUAUUCUUAAUCUGUAG